CUCACAUGUGAGUUAAAUUAAUUUCUUGAGAGAAACCUUCAUAAAGGGCUAAAUAAACAAGAUCUACAUAUACAGAAAUUUCUUACUUCCUCUGCAUUUGAGACACAGCUAAACUCAUCUGUCUGUUCUUGUGUAUUCCAGAAAGAGUAUCUCAGAUACUGCAUUGAUUUAAAGCAGAUUCUUCAACUAGGAAAUCUGAAGACUUUUAUAGCAAAUCCUCCAGUGUCAAAAUGAACACAGAUAGCGGUGGGUGUGCUCGCAAACGUGCUGCAAUGUCUGUCACAUUAACAGCUGUGAAGAGAGUUCAGAGUUCUCCAAACCUACUGGCCUCAGGGUCUGAUUCGCAGUCUCCAGAUUCAGCUUGGAGAUCUUACAAUGAUGGAAGUAGAGAGACACUGAAUGGAGAUGCUAGCAGUUCAUCUCUUACAGCAAAAGGUUUUAGGAGCGUGCGGCCAAAUCUACAGGAUAAAAAAUCACCAACUCAGGCACCUCUGCCCCCCCCUAGAAAAGAAAGUUUUCGGAAAGCAAGAGUAACUAAUCACAAGAACGAAAUUAACCUCCAGGCAGUAACAACUGGUCCAGCUAAGCACCUUCCCACAGAUACUGCCUAUUACGCUAACGAGAAGUCUGUCCAGAAGACAAUGUCUUCUCAAAUAUCUAACACAAGUGUGUCCUAUGCACAAAAAAUCAUUAAACCACUGACUUCAAUCUCCAGUGCAGGCACAAGCACAGUAGCUGAUAUUAGUACUACUCUCCAUCAAGGCCAAAGGCAACAGUCUCAAAAACGUAGGGUAUCUACCCUGAAAUUAACCCGGACACGUGACCCAGCGAGUAGCGUUCAUUGUAAUACACAGCAACAGCUCAAGCCUGUUGAAGUGCCAGUAUUUCCACAAAGGCCUGUCUCACCUGCCUGUAACCCCGUGCCUGAGAUACACACAGCAUCUCUUUCCAUUCAGAUAGCUCCCAUCCCUGACAAUAAAGCAGAGCCUGAAAUCCAAGAACAUCCACCUAGUAUUUCUCCAGACACUUCAAAGAUGUCUUCAAAGGAUUUGGGACAAAAGUCUACAGUUCUUCCUUCUUCACAGGCUGCAGAAUGCCGUGUGCUUGGAAACCAGAAAGUAACUGCCCCUGUGAUGGAGGCUCAGAUCACAGUGAAUGGGAACUCUGGCACUGCUGCCAGCCCAGUGAGUCACUUUCAAAGGCCUUUUUCCCCUUCUUCAGCUUACCCUCCACCAGCUUCGCUCAAUUCCAACAUUGUUAUCAUGCAGCAUGGCAGGAUGAUGGAGUCCACAGAGACAUACUCACAGCAUGUUCAGACUGUUGGCAGCACCACCACCACCAGUACAAUACCAAUCUGUAGAUCCUCAGAAGAAGAAAAAAAAAUUACAGUCAUUAAAGCUCCACAUUAUGCAGGGAUUGGCCCGGUAGAUGAAUCUGGAAUCCCCACGGCAAUUAGAACGACAGUUGACAGGCCGAAGGAUUGGUACAAGACAAUGUUCAAGCAAAUCCAUAUGGUUCAUAAGCCUGAUGACGACACAGACUUGUAUAAUACUGCAUAUGCAUACAGUACUGGUAGCUACAGCCCAUCCUUCUCUGCUCAGGCGCACCCAGCUGCAAAGACGCAGACAUACAGACCAUUGUCUAAAAGCGCUUCUGAAGGUAGCUCCGAUGCCUUUAAGGUCUCAUCCCCUUUACCACCUCCACAUGUGCCACCUCCAGUGCCACCACAUCGCCUGAGGGAAAGGCCUACACCAGAAAAAAAUGACUGGGAUCCCCCUGACAGAAAGGUAGAUACCCGCAAGUUCCGUUCUGAACCAAGAAGUAUUUUUGAAUAUGAGCCGGGAAAGUCAUCAAUCCUUGAACAUGAAAGACCGACUGAUCGCAUAAACCCAGAUGACAUAGAUUUAGAAAACGAACCCUGGUAUAAAUUCUUUUCAGAACUGGAGUUUGGACGUCCGCCACCUAAAAAGCUUUUGGACUAUGUUCAAGACAGUUCUUCUGGUGUUUCCAAUGAGACUUCCUUAUAUCAUCACUAUUCAACAGACAAAGGCCUGGACAGGCCCUCUAGUUCUGCAAGUACUGCGAGUGACUACAGAAAAAGAAGGAAGUCAGAACCUGCUGUAAGUCAUCAGAGGGUGCACAGUGAUCAGAAUGCAAACAGGCCUAGCCUGGGCCGUACAGAUACGCAAGGCCCAUAUACCACCCUUAGAAAGCCUUUAACUAGCUCGUCUCCUUCGUCUCCAUCAAGAGCAAAAGUAGACCAGGAGUCUCCUGGAAGCUAUUCUUCUGCUUUCACUGAUGUGGGACGAUGUACUCCAAGAGAGAGAAGAGGAACUACAGACAAAGAGAAACUGCCAGCUAGAGCUGUAUAUGACUUUAAAGCUCAGACUUCUAAAGAGCUGUCCUUUAAGAAAGGAGAUACUGUCUAUAUCCUCAGGAAAAUUGAUCAAAACUGGUAUGAGGGUGAGCACCACGGAAGAGUUGGAAUAUUCCCAAUUUCUUAUGUCGAGAAACUUUCUCCCCCAGAAAAAACACAGCCUGCCAGGCCACCUCCCCCUGCACAGAUUGGAGAGAUUGGAGAAGCUAUUGCCAAAUAUAAUUUCAGUGCAGACACAAAUGUGGAGUUAUCACUUAGAAAGGGAGACAGAGUAAUUCUUCUUAAGCGAGUUGAUCAAAACUGGUAUGAAGGUAAAAUACCAGGAACCAACAGACAAGGCAUCUUCCCUGUUUCCUAUGUAGAAGUCAUCAAAAAGAAUGCAUCAAAAAGUGUUGAUGACUACCCUGAUCCCCCGAUACCCCAAAGCUAUUCUAGUGACAGAAUACACCAUUUAAGUUCAACUAAGUUGCCUUCCCAAGCACUGUCCCCACUUUCCAGACACAUUUCCUCCUCUUGGUCACACAUUGAUCAAAAGAUUCUCCAGGCUGCCACUAGUGACUGGUUUUCAAGGACUGUUGGUUUUUCACCUUCAAGCGUGUGCAUCUUACCUCCUCCACCAUUUCCAGACAGUUUUCUUUGUAACUUAGAAGAACUCAAUUCUUUGGCAUUAACAACAUCCCAAUCUGUAGCAAUCUCCCCAGGUAAUAGCAUUCACCAAGUUAAAGAUGAUCACUUUAUUCCAAAUACAGAGGUCUCUCUCAGCCCUCCUACAGCUCUUCCUCUGCCCUUUCUUGUAUUUACCUCUGUCUCAUCUUCAGCCAGCUCAUCUCAUGACAUAGCAUAUAAGCAUACCAGCAACAAUACCAAGCCAGGAAAAGGUAAAGACUUGAGAGGUAUGCUUGACUCUUCAGUUACCGAAGUACCUAGAGACUUGUCAGAUACUACAAGAGAAGGUGAACAUGUUGGCGCUAUCUGUAACAUCCCUUCGCCACAUGAAGGUGGCUCCGUCUCCAGAGUGCUAGCUGCAACUGCUGAAAAUGAAGAGGAAAUCUGUACUGCAGAGCUGUCAGUUAAUAUAGGGGAUCAGUCAAAGCCUCAAGAAUCAGAUUUCUACAGAGCAGCACAAGACGCAACAGAAGAACUGACAAGACUCUAUAUAGAGGAGGAUCUGGGACAUGACAAUUUAGAAUUCCCCAUAGCAAGUGGAGGAGACUCCAUGGCACCAACUUCUCACUCUGUUCCUACAACAUCCCCGUCUACUGCUUCCCUCUCACCUCCUCUCCUUUCUAAACCCUUACAUCAGCAGGAGAGAGACUCACCAAAGUUAAAGGCUAAUUUAAAGAGAGAGGUAUUUGUUAUGGGUAAACCUCCUCGUAGCCCACUGAUGACUAAGAGAUCCUGCAGCUCAUCUGUCAGAGGUCACAGCUAUUCACACAGGCCACAGCGCCCUGUGCUUGCUCAUGAAAACAUACACAGUGGGGGGGAACCGUUUCAGGCUCUAUAUAACUAUACUCCUAGGAAUGAAGAUGAAUUGGAGCUCAGAGAGGGAGAUGUCAUUGAUGUGAUGGAAAAAUGUGAUGAUGGAUGGUUUGUGGGAACCUCGAGAAGAACCAAAUUCUUUGGUACUUUCCCUGGAAACUAUGUCAAGAGGCUGUGAAUUUUUUUUUUCCCCUACUUAUUUAUGCUGCAUCUCUGCAACACAUCUGCAUAAAGCUGCUAGAAAACAUGCUAUGCUGGCCUUCUGUUUUCUUGCUUGCGGUCUCAAAUAGAGGCCAUCUAGUUCAUCCUCAUCCCAUCCCAUCUGCCAAACCGUUCCAGCAGUAUUACAGCAACGACCACGGUGUGAAUAACUAAGCUUUUCUGAAACAAGAGGAAUCGUUUCAACAUUUAAAUGCUCCCUGCUUUAAAGUCUUUUCAUUUGAAACACAAUAGGAAAAGCCUGAUGACAGGUUCACAGAUGAAUUGCCAUGGGGGGGUGGGGAGUGGGAGAAGAUGUUCUUGGUUUGGACAUUUGUGGCACUACCAUGAAGUCUGAUGGGAUUUUUUCAGCAUGCAUGUAAUACAGGGGGAAGUUGCUGUUUACUAUUUUUAAAAAAAUUGUUUGAGUUUCCACAUUCUUAUUAGCUUGGCAGCAUUUGUUGCUUUCACUUUGCCGUAUCACAGGUUUGCCUAUUGUACUGGUUUACAAUGUAUUGCAAA